AUGGCUGGCGGAAAGAAGGCACUUAUAUUCGGGGCUAGUGGUGUGACAGGUUGGUCCUUUGUCAACGAGAUCUUGAACGACUACCCUGAUAAGGGCAUCUGGGACAGAGUCUAUGCCCUCACCAACCGUCCGUUGACGCGGAGCGCAUCAAAAUGGCCCGACGACCCCAGAUUGCGCAUCGUCUCCGGCAUCGACCUUCUGAAAGGAAGUCAAGAGGAUCUUGAAGGCGAGCUGAGAAGCAACGUCGAAGAUAUCGAGCAGAUCACCCAUGUCUACUACUUAGCCUAUAAGGCCAGCAAGGAUGUCGAUCAAGAGCUGAAGGACGCUGUCGCGAUGUUUCAGCGCUCCACAAUCGCUCUGGACAAGCUAUCCCCAGCACUAGAAUUCGUGGUGCUUCAAACCGGCGCGAAGAUGUAUGGCUGCCAUCUCCUCGACAAUCACCCAACCGACUACAUGUCAGUACCACAUAAGGAAAGUACUCCUAGACUGAAGGCACCUUACCAUGACCAGCUCUUCUACCACCCGCAGCUCGACUGGGUAACCGAGUACGCCAGAGGAAAGAAGUGGAACUGGUGCGACACCCGACCUGAUAUCAUUAUCGGCUUUGUGCCAAAUCAGAACUUCUAUUCCCUGGCGACCUCACUAGCUGUCUUCUUAUCGUUGUAUCGAGAAGUCGAGGGGGCUGGGGCUGAAUGUAUGUUCCCAGGCACAUCGAAGAGCUGGGUAGCGAAGUCAAAUGACAGUUCGAGCGACAUGAUCGCACGCCAGACGUUGCACUUGUCACUCACGCUUCCUAUGGACAGGAAGGGCGAGGGCUUCAAUGUUGCCGAUGCUCGGCAUCCAGAGACAUUCGAGUCAAAAUGGCCACAGAUCUGUGCUUACUUCGGUCUGAAAGGCAUCGGCCCGGCCAAAGAGCCAAGCAAUAUUCGAACGUAUAUUCGUGAACACUUCGAUACCUGGAGGGCCAUAGAGAAGAAGCAUGGUCUCCAAAGCGGCAUCGCAGACUCGGACCUGACUUUUGAGGGAUUUGAGUAUUUCUUGCUUGCACAGUUCGACUUCGAUCGGCAGUACGACAUGACGAAGAUGUACGACACUGGCUUCACCGAGGAAAGGACGGUGAUGGAGGCCUGGGGUGGCGUAUUCGACCGGAUGCGGGCUGCGAAGUUGAUACCGUGA